AUGGCUGGAUGGACCCGCGCUCCGUUUCGACGAAAGCAAAGUGAGGAAAGAGCAGGCAAUGAGAUCUCAGGGCACAGCCAAGCGAGUCACCGUCUACCGACAACGAUCGAGCUAGAGGAACGCGUCACAAGCCAGGUCCAAGAGGGACGGGCGGAGGCGCGACCAGGGAGGCCGCGAAAUGCCACUGAAAGCCCCACAACUGGUAUCGAUACAAGCCACAUCGAGCGACUGCAGCAUUGGUGGUCUCACAACGUCCGCUUGAACCUCGAGCAUGGCGCGCCGGGGGGUGACCCCCGCGACUACCUCGCUCUCGAAAGGACGUUUCUGGGCUGGUUCAGGACAUCCGUUGCUCUCAUCUCGCUUGGCGUAGUCGUUACACAAUUGUUCGUCCUGAAGGACGUCCACCCUAGGAAAGAUCCCUGGCCAAGUGUCUGA